ACAAACUCAUCCAUGACUGGUACCCAAUUCCCUUAUCAUCCUAUAUUUACGUCGGGAUAGAGACGCACAAACAAUAAAUAUGGGAUCGUCAGCAUCCAAGACGGCCCAAGCCGCAGGCAGCGCAGCACGACGUUAUCCCAGCAAAGCCGGACCCGCGACAAGCAUUCCCAAGCCGACCAACGCAUCACGCGCGACGCCGUCACCGCCUCAACAACAGAAACCGCCAAUGCCUCGAGCGAGCGGCAGUCGCAAUGCCGCGAUCAACGAGGAUGCUUCAGAUCCAGACUUCGCCCGCUCUCUCCGCUCCAUUGGCCCCGUUCAGCCCAAUCCCACACUUUCGCCAUCCUCGAUCUUCCCUUCGACUGGCCAGCCGAACGCAAACCAGAGGUCCGGUCCUGAUCCCCGUCAGAAUCCGGCUUUGUUUGUAUUGGAACGACGAGCCAAACUUCAAGAGCAGGCGGAUCGAGAAGCUAUCGAGACCGGAACCAGAGGCCAUGAAGGCAGGCAGUUCUUGGAAAUGUAUCUCAUCAAGCAGAUACUUCAGGCGAGAGACCAGGCAGGUAAGAAGCCGGAGGAGAUUGAGAGAGCUAUGGGCUUGAAAGCUGGUGUUGUGGCGAGACUUGGAAGUGCUGGAACAGUCGAAUUACCAUCCGAGAUGGGCCGAGCGCAAAAGCAAGUUGAGAUCGUGUAGUGAGGAGAUUCUUCGAAGUUGGAUACCAGUCUCACAGAUGAGCCGUGGUUGAAAGGAC